UUAACAUUAUAUUAUCAUCAUUGAAAAUGAGACAUUAUAGAUAGUUAUAUCAUCUUUGAAAUUUAAUUAAACAAAUGUUAGCAAAUUCAAAUCCAAUAGAGUUGCCUGUCCCAAAUCGGGCGAAGAGAAACCGUGACUGUCCACAAGUCGGAGGUCCAGGUUCUGAUAGUUGGAACUUGGAACAACAGAACGGAGGAAGAAGGGAGCUUCCCCGUAUAACUUUGAAUAAAAACCACCGGAGGCUCUGGUGGAAGGGUCUCUUCAUUGGGCGGUUCCAUACCUCGACUACCACCACUGUGUCAUCUCCUUUGAGCUGGCGGAGGAGGUUUUCAAGGAAAUCCCUCUGCCUGAUUGUAUUGAAGAUUAUUAUUCUGGAGUACAAUAUGAAGGAAUCUUGGGAGAAAGAAUACUGUAUCAACCACUAUGUUCCUCUGUUCUUCUUUGAUGGGCAGAAUGGAAUGGUGAAGGAAGAUUUUGCUUCGGACUGGAAGGGAAAAUUCCUGAGGGUUUUAUGUGUCUCGAAGAAUGGGGAGAUUGUGCUGGAGUGUAACAGGAGAGCACUGGUUUCUUAUGAUCCUAAAACUGACAGGUUCAAGGCUCUAAAGAUCAACAGGCUUCCGCAGCAGUUCCAAGCUUUUGCUUUCCAGCCUACUCUGUUCUCAGGAAAGGAAACCGUCGAAAUGAAGGUUUAAUAUAAUCUUCACAAUUCUUACUUAGUGUAUGAAUAUAUAAUGUCACGCCCCAACCCAUAAGUUUGGGCAUAACAAACACUACACAUCUACAAGAUAACCUCAUAAAUAUGUAAGGCCAUCUACCAGUAUAACAAUACAAUUUCUUAUAAAGUUUUAAGGUAACC